AUGGCGCCUGCUGGGAGCAGCUCAGAACGCGGUUCCAGCUCAAGCAGAUCGUCGGACGAGGACCAGCCCAUGGUUUCAGUCAUACGCGCUGAACUGGUCCGCGGGCACCGCCCUGUCGUAGUCUCCGAGGUGCCUGUUUACAUCGGCCUGAAGGACAAGGAUGGCCGGCAAUUUGAAGACAAGGGAACUUGCCCUCACGUGAACUAUCGCUGGCUUCGAGGCCCAGUUGUGAGGCCGUGUUUCUACCACCCGCACAAGCAAUCCCUUAUCAGGGACGUCGCAAAGACGCGCUUGUGCUACUGCUCGAAGGAAUGCUUUCUCAAAGGAUGGAGCAGCAUCCCACCUGAGAAGUAUGGAGAUGCUGACGAGGAUGCGAAGCAGGAGCCUGUUGCGGAAUGGGUAGAAGUGGCGAACACGCGCUCCUACUGCCCUCAAAAGGAGGACAUUGAUCGGCCGCUGCGCUUGGAGAUCAUUCCCAAUCGCAAGGACGGAAGUGUUGCAGAAGCCAGCAAGAUGGUCAUUACCACGGGCACGGUCAUUCCAACCCCGAAGGAGGUACGCGUGCGACGAAUGGUCACCAACGGCAAGCACCUGAAUGCAGAAUGGCUGAACAAGCAGUUCAAAGUCAUGAACUGGAAUGUGCUUGCAGACCUGUAUGCCACUGAAUCGGUUUAUCCAUAUUGCGAGAAGUGGGCACUAUCGUGGAACUGGAGGAAGCACCUCAUCAUGAAGGAGCUUAAAGCGCACGCGGCUGACAUCAUCACUCUCCAGGAGGUGCAGAAGGAUGCAUUUGAUGACUGGUUCAGGCCUGGGCUGCAAGAAGCUGGCUACGAAGGUGUCUUUCAACAGAAGAAGCGGGACCCAAUCUUCCACCGAGGGAAGUACACGGCCGAAGGCUGUGCUACAUUCUACAAGCCGACACGCUUCCGCCGCCUUGACAAGCAGGUGAUUGACUACGAUCGCAUGUCCCAGCAGGAACUGGAGAGGCAUUUCGGCCGACAAGAUGCUUCCAACAUGCAAAGGCUGUCCAAAGGAAACAUUGCCCUCGCACUGUUGCUGGAGGACCAGCACAUUAAGGCUGAUCCGGCCAGUGGCCAGGCCGGGCCGAACGGCGGUCACAGCCUGGUAGUUGUGAACACCCACAUUUUGUGCGACCCCAGCGCUUCGGAUGUGAAGCUGUGGCAGACGCACUUGCUGCUCCAAAACCUGAAGCAGACGCGAUGGGAUCACAUGCCUCUCCUCCUAGCUGGAGAUUUUAACUCCACGCCAGAAUCUGCUGUCUACCAGUUUCUGCGAGAGGGUCAAGUGAUGCAAGAGCAUGAGGAUCUAAAGCAUGAUCCUUGCGGGCUCCUAGGUCGGCUGAGAGAUCAUAUGCAACACAACCUGCAGUUGGCCACAGCAUAUCAAACCUGCAAUGGUCAGGAAGCACUCUUCACCAAUUACACCGAGGACUUCAAGGGUGCACUGGACUAUGUGUGGUUCUCCCAUCAGGCACUAUCGGUACUGGCGGUGACGCAGGUGGACGACGAGCAGAGCUUGAAAGAGGAGACAGCCCUACCAUCCAGUAAUCGUCCAUCGGACCACGUUUCCCUGGUUGCAACCUUCAUGUUCCAUGACAUCGUCCCUCACCACGAGCGCAAGGUGCGGCAACAUGCCAUGAACGAUGUUCACGCGUACCACAUGAGCCUUGCAGGACAAGGACCUUGGGGCGACUACGGCAUGUGA